AUGGGUGAAUAUUAUGAGACGGGAAUGAUGACAUGUCAGGCGUGCCCUGGCAAUGCUUCCAUGGUGACUUCUAGUGAUGGUUUUUCAUGUUCAUGUGAAGAGUCCAGCAUUCCCCUGAACCCCGGGCGUUGUAAACCUUGUGGUGGCACUGCUUUGGUGUCUACAGAUGGCGCUACUUGUGUGCCAAGACGGUGCCAGACUAAUGGUGGACGGACGGUCUGUAGAAGAUGCCCUGCGGAUUAUGUAUCAGUAACCCAGAACUUCGACGGGUCUCCGAUGAAGGAGGUGCUCUGCGUGAAGUGUGCGCGGGGUUUCAAGGCCGUCAACAAUGCGUGCGUGCGGUGCGCAGCAUGCCUGUGCGCAAAGAAUGAGAUGGCUGUAAGAGAUAUCUGCGUCCCGAAGAGUUUUGUCAACACACGUCCGAAGUACGAAGGCACGCUGCACCCCCUAGAUGUACUGAAUAUUAUAAAAUACGAGCAUCUGUGCAUUCAACACGACUACAUAGCGUGCCGCAAGCUAGCCAGUGCGUGUGUGAACAACUUCUACCCGAGUGACGCGGCUGGCCCGUGUCGGUUGUGGCUGCAACGUCUAGUGACACAUAAGGGUCUGCCCGCUCUGCUAAUUGAGUCAGCUAAUGACAAGGAGCCCGGGAUAGACCUGCCGCGAGGCAAGGAGUCACUUAAACUAGCUCUCGCUAUACACACGUCUACCGGAGGCCUGAAAUUAUUGCAAAAUGCUAAAGAUAACAUUUCACCUUGUUUUUCGGCAAUAGAAAUAAUCAUAGGCGAGGAUUUUAGACGAGACUGUGUUUACAACAUGACAGACCUACCCCUAGCGGACGGGGAUACUCUAGCGUUGUACUUACAAAGGGGGGAAGAUUUAACCCCCUUGUCUGUCUCUCUGAGGAAACCCAGCGGAAGUCUUGUUCAGCGAGCGACGUGGCCCUCCAGAAAGUUCCGUCGAUAUUUCGCCGUGCACGAUUCUCGGUCCCCGGCUAAUUCCACCGACACCAUCUACCUGAGGACUCUGAUUAUACAUUUACGCAUGCAGAGAAGCAAGACCCUCAUCACACACAUGACGGUCGAAGCUCAAUACGCAACGAAGCCGACAUACACUCGAUCCAUCACAACUACCCUAAAGGUCGAGCAUGAGAUGCCAAGCGCUGGUGUGUUGAAAGGACUUGAGAUAUGGGGAGGAGUGCUUGGCGCUUUACUGUCCUGCUAUGCAUUAGUGCAAUGGCGGGGUGUGUUGCGCAGAGGUGGACUCCAGAUGUCUGUACUGCCAUUGCUGGCAGGGUCCAUAGCUGAUGCAAUGUAUUUUGCGGCGUGGAUGUCGACGUUGCACGCUCUUGCAGCGGAAGCAGGUUCUCAUGGACUGACGCUGCCGCCAGCGUCAGCUGAAGAACACAUCAUCAGGGCCUUCGUCUUUUCAUCCAUAUCAUUAAAGGCAAUCAAAGCUGCUUGGGUAAACUGGAGACAAUGCCGCUGCGACAUUUUCUUUUUGGAUUGGUCAGAAUACAAUCCCCCAAUCAAAGAUGCACUCUCAACUGACAACAACUUGUGGAAGACCAUGAUGUUGGCUCGAGAAUGGUCUUCGAUGCAAACGAGGAGACGAGCUCAUCCUGGUUUCACAGUAGCGUUGGCUCUCGUCAUUUUGCAUCUCCUUUCUCCUUGGCAACUCUCCCUACCCCACAGUCCAAGCUACACCUGGGCAGUGGGCACACUGGCGUGGUGGGCAGCCUACGCCCCGGUUCUGCUUGCACAUUUGGCGUGGGACCGGAUAGUGGGGUCCCCAACGCUGGGCAUAGCGCGCGUGUGCGAUGGCGUGGGCUUGUCACUGUUGGUGUUUCAAGAGGAGUUUUAUGCGCAUUAUGUGCACGGCAGAAAUAACGGGUCCCCGGAUGCCAAAACCAUGUCGGGCCCGCUAGAGGCGUGUCGGGUCGUGUGCGCACCACAACUCAGGAACGUUUACAAGCAGUUAGCGACCGCUGGCCUAGGACCUAUGGACGAGCAUGAAACUAGACAAACUCUUCUAUCGAGGUUUCUAGCUGCGUUUUUUGAGCGGGCUUUAGAUGGUCUCAGCUGGGUUGCCAGCGAGCGAACAGUGCUGGAGCGACUGUUGGACGUGGAGUUGGUAGCUCGAGAGGCUGGCAACACCAGUGCAUUGUUGUAUGACACUGACAGCAUGCCUUCGUGUUUCGCUCUCAGCUGGUGGGGUGAGGAAUGGACGCUGGCAACACUGGACGCCAUGUUGUUUGGCUGCAUCCUACUGGCUACUAAAGACUGGCUGCUGGCCGCCUUAGUCACUUUGGCAGUGUGGCAGAUAUCGAAGCAACUGCGAGCGUGGUUCGGCGACAAGAAUCUUAAACACCACAUCGGCAUUGAAGACAUGCUAUAGCGAACAAUCGCCAUACGAGCCUCGUCCGAGAAACUACAUUAAACGGUGAGUGGACUCUAAAAUGAUUCUCGUAUUUUCCACCGUUCUGCUCAAUUGCAUCGAAAUAAUCGCAUUCAACGAGUCCACAUCGACUAACGAAAAUAAAGAUUUACGAGAAAAUACUACAGAGAAUCCAAUUGAAAUUAUCAAACUUGUUGAUAGUAGGGAGUGGUUUCAUUUUACUCCGGAAUAUCGUACGAUUCGCACAACACGGAAACCGAGAGUACCCCACCCAGCCGAAGGUCCAUUUUUUAAUUUCACUCUAGAUCUAUACGAUGCAGUAUUAUAUAAAUUACCAACUCGUAAGAUAGCUGGAUUCUUCAGUAUGAUAGGACGCAAUGUAAAAGGCUCAACAAGCCGCCGACGAUCUUGUGAAUCCUUCCUGAAGCACUUUGAGAAUCGAUUGGCAAAAAAGUCCAAAAUACUGUCUCGAAAAAACGUCACAACCAUAAAGGAGAAAGUGACUGGUUUAAUUAACGAUACUCUUGAAAAGAAACCAAGGAGAAUAGAUUUUUUUCGAGCGGUCAACUUGUUGUUUCCCUGGAAGUAUGAGAUUAAACUGCAUGCGUUCAUUUACUAUCUGCACGGCUACGCGAAGGGCCGCGAAGGGAAGCGUCUCAUGAAGCGGCAGACAAAGUUGCUGUUCAGAAAUAUAUUUUAUGUGUUGGACAAACAACGGAGUACUGUGAGGAAUGACGUGAUAAUGAAACUGAUGUUAGCUUACGAGGAGUACUACACAAAAUAAAAUUAGGCGCUCGUAAAUACAAUUUAUUGUGCUCAUGUGUUUGAUAUUUGUU